GGGAACGUUAUUUUUCCAAAAAUGAAAAUAGUGCCCCCUAGGUUCAAGAGGUUAAUGUGGGAAAUUGGCAUUGAUAGACAGCCUAAGGAGCCAUGUAUAGUUGUUGUAUAGCCUCUGUCUCCCCUGCUUGCUCAAUCUUUGUUUAUAUCUGGGUUGUUGUAAGCACUUUGUGGGUAAUGUAUUUGUUAAAAGUCCUGUGAACAUCACUUAAUACUUCAAAUGGACACCAAAUAUUGAUACUGAGGUAUGUGUGGAUUAUGACAUCAGGUCUGAUGUGCUGGUCAAUGAAAAUGGGAGUUUUUUUUUAUUGUGUGUGUGUGUGUGUGUGUGGUCUGACAGGGGGCCUCUGUGUUCUGCAUCAUCACCAAACUCAUCACCACAGAGAACUAGGUGCAGGGAUACUGUCCCGAAGUGAGACCCCUCUCACUUACUCUCCCAUUGGCCCUCUGUGCCCCCCCCCACAUGCUCUUUCUCUUUCUGUCUGCCUGGCUCUGUCUGUCUGUCUCUCUCUCUCUGCCUCGAUGUCUGUCUGUCUGUUCGUCCGUCCAUCUGUCUGUCUGCCUCUGUGUGUUACUCUAACUCUGUACUAUGUGUGAUACACAGAGUGAGAUGAAAUACAAGUGUACGCACGACAACAACUGCACUAAGUUCCUCAACAAGCCUGGGGGAAAUGGUCUUCCGACGGGCAGGUGUGUACGUUUCAACGACACCCUUAAUACCUGUGAGAUCAGAGGCUGGUGCCAGGCGGAGAUCGACUACAUCAAGACGCAUCCUAUGAUGGAGGUGGAGAACUUCACCAUCUUCAUCAAGAACAGCAUUCGUUUCCCCCUCUUCAACUUCACCAAGUGA